AUGAGCAACGAGCCUGGCGUCCAAAUUUUGGGCGUCAGGUCCAAGCGAAAUCGCCAAAUGUCGCAACAAGAUCCCAGUGAGGAUCCUGAUCAAUCAUGGCAAUCCCACUUUCACCCACCUCCUCCGCUAGAAGCGAGUGCCCGCCCCCCAUUGCCACCCGCGCGGCAUCCCCGUCAUGGCUUUGACUUUCGCCGCCCAGUUGGCACGCAGGCUCAGAAUCCAAUUGAUCUGACCGAUGAGCCUGAUUCACCACCCCAGCGGUUUUUACCUCGCAGCCCAGAUACUCGGACAUCUCAUCCAGCACGACUGCCUCGUUUCGGCCGCUCCAUCUUGGAGCUGCCGGGAGCGCUGCCGGAAGUGAUCGACUUAGAUGACGAACCCGAUGCUCCUGCACAACCUCCGCCCCGUUACACGGAAAUCAGUGAUCGCAUCGCGGAUGGUGUUGAUCUUAGUAUCUUUCAGCCUGGUGAGCGAUUAUGGGGCAUUCUGCCUCGUUUUGAUGGCUCCUGGGGCCAUUUGAUCCGCCGUCACAGACAACCCGUCCAAGACGCUUCAGUCCCCUCCUCAAAUCCGCCAUCUGGCUAUAGCUACAACGCCUACGGCAUGGUCCCACAACCGAACAUUGCGGGCCCGUCCAGACCCCGUAUACGCAGAUUUAGACCUGACACAGAGCCAAUAUACCUCGGCUCAUCACCCGUGGAAACCGUGGUGCUGGAUGCAGGUCCCGACGAUUUGAUCCUUGACUAUGGAUCUGCGUCUUUUGAGAUGCAGCAACAACACACUGACAGAGCUGAGGCUAGACGACGCGAGGCGUACAAAGCACCCAGUCCGCCACCAGAAGGUUUCACUCGGACCCUUGGAGAAGACGACAUUGCAAUCUGCCCCAACUGCUCCUGCGAACUCGGAGCCGGUGAUGGAAAGAAAGAGGAGGUUUGGGUCGCAAAGCCUUGCGGACAUGUUUAUUGUGGCGAAUGCGCAGACAAUCGGUCAAAAAGCAAAGCCAAAAAGAAGGCCAACGCACCUGAAAGGUCGAAGCCUUUCUCUAAGUGCAAGGUUGCUGACUGUGGCAAGUCAGUUAGUGCACCAACAGCUAUGUUCCAUCUCUAUCUAUGA